AUGUAUUUCCUGAACAGUAAUCAACAUGUGUUAGUUAAUUGUAAAACGAUAAUAAGAAGCCAAUAUAAAUCUAAUCUAGAGCUACCAAUACACAGUGAAGAAGAUAAUCUACAAAGAAAAAGAACUCCCAGUCUACCUCCUAUCAACUCAAAUUACGAUUCUCCACAACAGCAACAACCUCAGGAAGAAGAAUGCAACGGAGACACUUCAGGGUACGCCAGCGACUCAGCGGGCAACGAGUACAAUGCUGAGGCCUGGGCCAAGUCAGGAGGUUGGCCGCUUCCCCAGUUCCCGAGACGUACACCUGAUUCCAUAUCGAGCGGCAGCGGACGGGAGGAGAGGGCCCGGUGGGGCGACCGCGGGGUGGGAGUGGGGCACCUCUGGGAGCCGUCGCCCAUGCUGCCCCCGCCCCCCCUCCCCAAGGUCCAGCCGGCCACCCCCAACUGGCUCAACAGGGGGGCACAAGAACGGGCCGAGGUGUUGGUGAUAUCUCACAGCGAAGAAAAUAUGACAAGUCCUCCAACAUCAAGUAGAGACACGAUUAGAACCUGUGACACUCCUUUCUCCUCUGAAGAUUCUCAAAGAUCUUUUACAAGAGGACAGAACGUACCAAUAGACAGCGCUGAGCUAGCAGAAAGGGAAAGGAAACGUCAAAAAGCCUUAGAACACCAAAACGCAAUAAAAAAACAGGAAAAAGACGAGAGGAUUGCUAAGGCAAUGGCGGAAGCACUGGAGCUGGCAGAGAGGGCGGCCCGGGAAGAGAAGGCCAGGGCCAGGAGGAAGCACCUCCCAGAGCUCCACAUCCAAGAACAGCCAAUCGUAGAACAGCAAAUACAAGUAGAACAUGUCCAAGUGCAACAUGAUCAAGAGCAUCUACAGGAAGUGCAGAAGUUGAUCAUCCCGGAGCCACCGCUGCAACAGCAGCCACAACUUCCUUCACCUGUCGUGGAGCAACAGCAAGUACAGAUCCUGGAGAGGCCGAAACGUGAGACCAUCCAUGCCGGAGGGGAGGAGCAGGAGGCGGAGCAGGAGACGGAGCAGGAGGUGGAGCUGUCCGUGCGGGUGGAGCGGCUGGAGAUCGAGGCGGGCGACCUGCGGGUGGUGCCGCCCCCGGGCAGGCUGCUCACCCCCAGCAGGUACCGGGCCGGCCGCUCCGUCGAGAGGGCCACGCAGACCGAGGCCAGCGGGAGAACGAAGGUGAUGAGGAGGUUCCUGAGGCUAGAGGAGAGGCCCAAGUGGGGAGUGAACCGACCGACCACGCAGUACGUCAAGGCCAGCGACCGGGAUCCCUUCAGGAGGUCUCGACAUCCUGCCAGGACUUCGCCCAGGGAUAGCAGUUCCAGAUCGCCGUCACCUCUCGAAAAUUCAAAGGCUUCCUUUAACAGCGUUAGCUCCCUUGGAAAAAGCAAUGCUACCUACACGGUUCCUGGCUCACGAAGAUCAAUGAAAGUUACCCGCGGUGUGUGCACCCCCAGGGUUAUGCAGGUCAUUCCCACAGGGGGCAUCAUCAGGAAAUCAUCUGCCGGAAAGAGGAUCAUCUCUAUCAGAGGUAAUUUUGGAAAUAACGGAUCAAAGCGACUUCAUCUACCUCAGGACACAGAGAACGUACUUCCAAAAAAAAUUGAAGUUUCAGAAUUUUUAUCAGUUAAUCAAGUUCUCUCUCAGCUGAUCGACCUCAAACAUGGUCUUCAAAUGAAACAGAAGGAGUGGGAAAUCACAAGAAGUCCAACGCCAUUUUCUGAAGUGUCCUUUAAAACAUAAAAUAUAACUAGUCAUUGUUAAGGAUGUGAUCAAAUUUGUAUAACAAAUGUUUUUUAUAACUUAUUCGUUAGUAUAGAAUAGCUUCCUUGUUGAAUCAUUUGUACUGUUGCUAUUAAUAAAUAGUUUAUAAAACAA